GUAGUAACGUAGUCAAAAAGAGGCGGAGAAACAACACUGGAUGAGAGGUUUGGAUCAUUGGAUCACCGUACCCUCUACUGCUGCAUGCCGCUCUAAUUUAGCCUUUCGAAGUAAACAGGCUACAAAGCAGAAGAGCCGUGUUGGUAGGCUACAUAGGUCUAUAUAAUAUUUAAAGGAGAGUGAAUACCGCGAAAGCACAGUGAGAGCACGGGCAGUCAGACUCAUGCGGGCUGGAGCAUCUCUGUCGUAGCUUCAGGCAGUGAGGAGAAGCGCGGCCGACAGGGAGGGGUCUGUUCCACUGGCUGGUCCUGGAUGAAGCCCGGGUCUGGACAGGCAGAUAUGGCCGCGGGAGACGCUUCUGCGAAGGCGGCUGCUCGACAUUUGGCUGUGGAGAGGAGAAACCUGAUUACAGUGUGCAGGUUUUCUGUUAAGACACUGCUGGAGAAGUACACCGCAGAACCCAUUGACGAUUCAUUAGAAGAAUUUAUGAACUUUGCAGCCAUACUUGAACAUAUCCUCAGUCACAAAUUCAAAGGGUCUGCAAGCUGGUUUGAUGGCCAGCGGAGUUUUUGGGACUUCAUACGGUUGGCUUGUUCUAAAGUCCCAAACAAUUGCAUCAACAGCAUUGAGAAUAUGGAAAACAUCAAUGCCUCAAGAGCAAAGGGUCGUGCCUGGAUACGAGUAGCACUGAUGGAGAAAAGGCUGUCUGAGUACAUAGCUACUGCCUUAAGGGACAGCAGAACUACUAGGAAGUUUUAUGGAGAAGGUGCCAUCAUGCUGAGAGAGGAAUCCAGUGUGCUGACAGGCAUGCUUAUAGGACUCGGAGCCAUUGAUUUUAGUUUUUGUCUCAAAGGGCAAGCGUUGGAUGGAAAAUCACCUGCUGUUAUUGAUUACACCCCUUACUUAAAAUUUACACAAAGUUAUGAGUAUCUCAGUGAUGAAGAUGAUCGAAGAAGUGUUGACAGUAGCACUAGUGACGACAGUAUUCCUGAACACCCCUAUAUUCCCCUAGUCACUGAUGAUGAGAGUUGGAGCAACAAGUGUCGCAAGAUGGAGCAAAGAUUCAAGAUUGUGAAUGCCCAGAAAGGGUAUCUGGAGGAGCUAGUUCGUCUGCGUGAAUCUCAGCUCAAAAACACAGAGACUGAAAACAAGAAGCUCCGGUCCAGACUGGAGGAGCUGCAAAGCCAAACACUGAAGGAGAAACAAGAACUAGAGGCCAUAAUUUUAGAGUUGCAGGAACAGAUGACUAGCUUGAUACCAUGUGACCCAAGCCAUUUGGUAAAGAAUAUUUCUAUCCCUUUGAUCAACCAAUGGCCCUCACUGCAGUCAUACAACAGCCAAGAAGACGUUCGGAUGUUUCGCAGGCGGAGCUUCCCGAGCACGGAGCUAUUGUCAGUGCUGGAUUCAGACUCUCAGAGGAUUGAAGGGAAACAGAACGGACCCUGGUGUACCGCCGAAAAGGACUACACUCCUUCAAUGAUGGGCCUGUGUGGCUCUUUGGCUUCUCUUCCCAGCUGUAAGUCUAUGGCUAGCCUCAAGUCCAGUGAUUGCUUGGUUCAUAUCAGCACAGACAACAGUCCUACUCCCUCACCCAGCUAGGAGGCGCCAAAGAUACUGCCAACUCCUUUGUGACUGUUCAACAGGAAGAUGCGAUUAAAAAAACACUGCUUUUGGUAAGCAGAUGUGUGGCCCUUACACAUGUCCUUUUACUUUGAGCUUUGCCAAAUCCUUAAACUACAAACUACUGUUAUUAUAAUUCUGUAGUAUCUGCUUUGGACUGUAAUGAAUGAAAGUUUGUGGUAGACUACUUUCUAAGUUAUAUUCAUGUCUAGAUAUCAAUGCUCUUUUGAGUACGACAACUAUACAUAAUUCUUAAUUUGGUGCAAACGUCAUUCUUCUGCAUUAACUGUAAGUCCUGCCCAUUCGUGUGUGUGUUAUCAACCAUUCUCCUUCUGUUGCAUAACACUGUCAGGGCUGGUGCUGAGCUGUCAGUAGCUUCAAAGAACAAACAAGGUCUUUUGUUUUAUUAUUUAUUUGAGGAAUCAAAGUGUUGCUUUUACACAUUUAAAACUUAGAUGCAUUUCAGCAUAGGCCUUGAAAAGCCACAUUUAUUUGAACAUAAAAAUGAUAUGUAUUUCAUCAAAAAUGCAAAGUGCUUUGUUACUAUGCAAAAUGAAUGUUUUCUUUCUCAUAAUAUCAAUUUGUUUUAGGCAAAUAUGAGAUAGAACGAUUGAAAGUGCUUUGGGAUUUCUUGUUUCACUUUUUUAUUAAAAGAACUCUCAUUAUGUUAACGCUGGAAGGUUGUGUGUACGUCAGACUUCAAUAAAACUGCCUUUUUUGAAUAAU